AUGUCUACGUCACAGGUUGCCCGGCCGCCGAGGGGGCGCCUUAUGUCGAUAAAUGAUCGCGAUAAGUACAAUUACAAGCACAAGCGACGGGCGUUGCCUCCACCUCCUCCGGUGAAACAGGUUAAACGGACAUACAACUGCUGCGAAAACCCGAUUAUAGACACCAGUGAAAACACGAUAUUAUGCUACACUUGUGGUGCUGUUCAUGAGAACGUCGACAUCGUCUCCGAGGUUACCUUUGCUGAGGGUUCUAACGGAGCGGCUACAGUCCAGGGUGGCACCAUCCAUCAGGAUCAACGCCACGCAAACUCCAUGGGUGGAACCAUGAGGGGUCUAGGUGGCAUGGGGAGCAGGGAGCAGGCGGCUCUGAACGGCAAGAACGCCAUCGAGGCUCUUGGUGCUUCUCUCAACCAGCGCGAAGCAGUGAUAGAGCAGGCCGUUAGCUGGUAUAAGCUUUCCAUGAACUUCAACUUCGUUCAGGGACGUAGGAUGAGGAAUGUCGCUGCUAUAUCCAUCUACAUGGCAGCCCGGAGGCAACCAGAGAAUACGCUCAUGCUCAUCGACUUGGCCGAGAAGAUCCAGACCAAUGUUUGGGUUUUGGGAGAUACGUACAAGUCCUUCUUGAAGACGAUGAAAGAGAAGGAUCCGGCACAACUUAUUGGCAACAAGGCCGUCCAGGAAAUCGAACCGCUGAUGUUGAAGUACUGUCGAAAACUCGAGUUUGGAGACGACUCCCACAGGGUUGCCGAUGAUGCCUGCAAGGUGUUGAAGCGCAUGAACAGAGAUUGGAUGGUACAAGGUCGCCAACCUGCUGGACUGUGUGGUGCUUGCAUCAUCAUAGCCGCUCGCAUGAACAACUUCCGCCGAACUAUCCGAGAAGUCGUCUACGUUGUCAAAGUCGCAGACUCCACAAUCACCUCCCGUCUGUACGAGUACAAGAGGACACAAAGCGCUGCUUUGACCGUGAAGCAGUUUCGUGAGUUUGGACCGCGACUGAAGGUCAAGGCCCAGCCACCCGCUAUCUGGAGACGCGCAGAGAGAGAAGAACGAGUUGAGAAGAGGAAGAGGAGACAAGAGGAAGGCGGUAAUGCCGAAGCUGAUGGCGAAAACGUGUCUGACAACGGCGGUGCCGAAGCUGCCACUGGUACUUCCCCUACAAGGACGAGCAAGAGGCGCAAGUCGAAUGACGGUUCGUCUCAAGAAGUCUCAGGCCAACAACCUACUCCUGCUGCCACACAAGAAAACGGCAUAGCUUCAGAACUAGAGGCCUUUGAUGGUAACAACGAAACGGUCAUUGAAUCCGUCGCCAGCGCACUCGAAGAAGUUGAAGCUGGUGAAGCCACCGACCUAGACUUUGUCAUGCCCAAGAAGCGCGGCCGCCGCCCCAAAAUGCGCACCCCAAUCGUCAUCCCGCCUGAAGACCUAGAAAUCGAGCAAGAUCUCGAACAAGAAGUCACAAGCACAAUCCGAGACUGGGAAGCCAUCUUCAAAGAAAUUGCCACAAACGAAAACCACGACCUCCUCCGCCGCUCCGGCUGGACCGCGGCAGAAAUGGCGCGCGCCGCAACAGACACGCGCGAUGCUGCCGGCGCCCCCGCGAUAAACCUCGACCCAGAAAUCGGCGAAGAAGAAUUCGAAUCAGACCCGGACGUCGCCUCUUGCAUCCUCUCCCCCGACGAAGUCCGCCGCAAAGAAGCCAUCUGGAUCACGGAAAACGAGGAAUGGCUCCGUACCCAGCAGGAGAAGAUACUCAAAGCUGAACUCGAAGCCGCAGAGGAUAAACCCAAGAAACCAAAGCAGAAACGCAAACAUCAUCAGAUGGGUGAUGGGAGCGUGCUGGGCGGUCAGCCGGCGGCUAGUGCGGCAGAGGCGGCGCAUAAGAUGUUGAAGAAGCGCGCCAAGGGGUUUAGCAAUCAUAUCAAUUAUGACAAGUUGAAGCAGCUUUUUCCCGGUGGUACGACUGCUGCGAGUCCGUCGGCUGCGUCGGGUUCUCCCGCUGGUGCUGCACAGCAGCAGGUUGGUGGCGAGGAGGAUGCCGAGGGUGAAUAUGAAGAAGAACAGGAAGAGGUUGAGGAGGAGGAGGUUGAGGAAGAAGAGGAUUUGGAAGGGAAUUACAUGGAGGAUGAGGAUGAGGGGUUUGGCAACGAGAGUUAUGAUUAUUAG